AUGAAUAUCUGGACUCAUCUAAUUGGUUCUGUGUUGUUUGUUUUCCUGCUGUAUCUAACAUUUGCAAUUCCCAUUUCUCCGGACUUUGGAAAAUCAAAGGUUGUGGGAAUUCAUGAGUUGAUCCAAGAGGAAUUAAACGAAAUGGUCUUUGGGUCUGGAUCCGGUUCUGUUGUGCCUCGAUGGCCAAUCACUAUUUUUGUGCUUUGCGCCAUUUUCUGUCUCUCUGGAAGUACCAUCUUUCAUUGCUUUUUGUGUUGCAACGAGAAAGUUCGAGCAAUCCUACAAACAAUCGAUUACUGUGGCAUUAGCAUCUUAAUCUCUGGAUCCUAUUUCCCAGUGAUUUAUUACCCAUUCUACAAUUACAGUCAAAGUCUCCGAUUCCAUCUCAUGGUGGUCAUUAUCAUCAACGUUCUGAACGUGAGUGUAAUGAUCACUCCGACCUUUCGACAACCCAAAUACCGUGCAGUGCGUGCUGCGUCCUUCACCUGCGUAGCCUGCUAUGCUUUCAUUCCACUGUAUGAACUCUACACGUUGGACGGAUUUGCAAAUCCGAUAUUUUCGGUAAUGAAGUGGUACAUCGUAGGAAUGGGAACGUCGUACAUCCUGGGAGCGAUUCUUUACGGAUCGCGGUUCCCAGAGAAAUACUGGCCAGGAUCGUUUGACUUUGUUUUUUCAUCACAUCAGUUGUUUCAUGUGUGUAUUGUGAUCGCUGCUCUUUUUCAUUAUGUGGGUUCGUAUCAGCUUUUUGUGGCGAGAUUGAAUUCUUGUCUCUGA